AUAAAACGCAAUAGAAUGGUUAUUUAAAACACAUUUAAAUGUUGUGAUAUACGCAAAAACCAAGUACAAGGCUAAUCGACAUAUACAGUGUAUUGUACAAACGUAAAAAGUGGGUGUAUAACGGCGCAAUUGAAUAUAGAUUUUCUGUUUUGUUACUUGUCGCAAGUGUUGGGCACGGGUGUGGGGGGUUGGUUCUGCAGCAGUCCAUAAUAAUCAGUCGAAACGGAAUUUCCUACGUCUGUUUGAAAUUGCAUCGAGACGCAAAUAUGUCGCCUAGUCCAGCGAUUAUUCUGAAAUUUGCUUUAACUAUCUAUGCUGUUCUGCAAACAGCAAGGGCCUACAAUGUUGUCUUAACGGCGCCAGCGUCCGCCCUCAUCGGUUCGGUGAACUUUAGCGUUACAAUUUACGAUGGUAAGACGCCCGCUACAGACACCAACUUUAAAUUCAUAUGGAAAGAUAAUGCAAACCAUGAAAAGGUAUUUCAACUGAAGUCACCCCAAAGCAAUUGGACUGUCAAUUAUGCCAAGGAUCACAUAAAGCCAGGCAAAUAUCGAGUGAGCGUGCAAGUUGAAAAAGAGCUGCUGCUCAAUAUCUGGUUCCCAGUUGGGGAUGAUUCAACAAACAUUCAACUACGCGAUCAUCUGGGCGGAGAACUGCAGCUUAUACAAAAGGAUUUUGUGCGACCAAGCGAGUUUGUUUCCACAAAGACACCAGUUAACCACAAAAUUGAAAUUUUGCCCGAAGAUUUAGCCUAUUUAGAGCAGAAGGCAUAUUAUGUGCAGACCUACUGGUUUCAAAAUUGCACAUAUCUGGGCAUGUCCAAUAGCUAUGAAUAUGAGGCAAUAUAUUCGGAACCUAAUAUAUACUAUGAUAUCGAAGCGUUGGUGGUUGCUUCUUUUGAGCCACUUCCUCAACCAACUCCUUCCACGACGACGACUACUACAACUACUACUACAACUACUACCACAACCACUACGCCCCGCACUACUACUCCUACAACCACGCCAACAACAACAACAUCAUCAACCACACCAAGUACGACGACUUCGUCAACCACCACAACCACAACAUCUAAACCAAAAGCUGACGUGCCACGCUCUAAACGUGACAUCAUGCAAACAAUGCACGCCAAUGCUGCCCUUUUGGGUCUUAAUUUAACGUCUGCGGUGCAGCAACAACAACAAAAUACCAGCCAUAACAUAUCGGUAGCCUUGCUUAAUCCUCAACGUGUGCGUCCAUUGCUGGGCGUACAUCGUUUAUUAGCGUUAAUACCUGAAGAGCCGCCCUAUAAUUGUGUCAAUAAGAGCAUUAUAUCACAAGAUCCGAAGAAGGCCUAUGGCUACUUUAGGCGUCGCAUUGUAUCUAAAAAUCCCGUCUCCAGCUUUGGCAGUAGUGGCAAAAAUUGGCUACAACACUGGGAAAUGGUGAAUCUCCAGAUUACUUGUAAUGGGUCAGCGCCUAUAGAAUACUGCAUUUAUGUUCACAAUGCUCCCUACAAUAUGACAGGCAACGAGACUUGUUCAGAAUAUGAGAGGACGAACGUGUGUCAGUUCAGCUAUCAGCGUUACUUUUCCGACAGCAAGGCAAUAAUGUUCUUUAUACGUAAUGAGGUAUCGGAUAUUAAAAAUAUAAUCACUGUCAACAUGUAUGAAGCCAAGCGCCAAUCACAGUUGUCAGUCGUGGUUGUGCCUGUUUGUUGUACUCUGCUCGCUGUUAUUUUGGUUGUAUUUGGCGUAUCCUAUUAUAUACAAAGUCGCAAUCGCUUUACUGUGGAGGUUGCCGAUUUCAAUUUCGGAGACACUCAAUCGGUGGACAUGGAGCAUAAGACAUUCCAGCAACGCCUUAUUGACAGCGUACGGGAGGCUUGGCCUCGGUUUCGUCGGUUUUCCACAUCUAGUUCAGAUCUGAUUGCCGAACCGGCCAAUUUGGUUGGUGGCAAUGUCGGGGAUAUGGACAGCAACUUGCGUUAUAAUACGCUCAAUUAAAAUCGAAAGCUGUUGUAAUAAUGUUACCCAUACGAAUUAACCUAUUUAAUUUAAUUUAUACACAUACAUACUUAGGUUGAUACAGUGAAAACAGUGACCGCUUAAGGGGAUACUUACUUUAUACACCGAUCGAAUGUUUUAGAAAAAGUGUCCGCCGAAGGGAGUGUCCGCAUAAAAGAGGUGUCCAUUAAGGGAUUUUUCACUGUAUAUAUGUAAUAUAUUUUGUUAUACAUGGAUAUUUACUUUAUUUCAGUCAUACCCUUAACUUGAAUUAUAUUUUCUAUAUAUUGUUAGUUGCAUAACAUAAACGCACACCAAUUAACACAUAUUCAUACACGUGC